CCAUUGGAGAAUUGUUAGCUCUUAGAACAAUGACUCUUACCAGAAAUGAUGCUAUUAAGGAGCUGCCAGAAUCAGUUGGGAAUUUGCAGAAUCUUGUCAUACUGAGAUUGACCAGAUGUAAGCGACUUUGCAAAUUGCCAGCUUCAAUUGGGAAACUAAAGAACUUAGUACACCUGCUAAUGGAGGAGACUUCAGUAACAAAAUUACCUGAAACAUUCGGGAUGCUAUCGAGCUUAAUGAUUCUGAAGAUGGGAAAGAAGCCUUUCUGCCAGGUAUCACAAAGUACUGAAACCACAAAACCAGCUACCUACACAGAAAGGGAAACAGCACCUGUUGUGCUUCCUUCGUAUUUCUCAGAGCUAUCCAUGUUACAAGAACUUGAUGCCCGUGCAUGGAGAAUAGUUGGGAAAAUACCGGAUGAUUUUGAGAAACUAUCAUCUUUGGAGAUCAUCAAUCUUGGUUUCAAUGAUUUUUCCCAUCUCCCGUCUAGUCUGAAAGGACUACCUUUCUUGAAAGAGCUCCUUAUUCCCCACUACAAACAGUUGAAAGCUAUUCCUCCUCUUCCCUCAAGUUUGCUCAAGAUAAAUGCUGCAAACUGUGGAGCCCUAGAGAGUAUGUACGAUAUCUCAAGAUUAGAGUUCUUGCGCGAGCUAAACCUUGCAAAUUGCAUGAGUUUGGUAGACAUCCAAGGUAUCGAAUGCUUGAAAUCCUUAAGAAUGCUACAUAUGGCUGGUUGCAAUGUCUCCUGUGCCUCUAUUGUUAGAAGCAAACUUGAUAAGGUUGCUGUGAAAAACUUGUAUAAUUUUAGCAUUCCAGGCAGUGAAAUCCCAAGUUGGUUAACUCCAAGCGAGGUGCAUUUCUCAAGGCACAGAAACAAUGAAAUUAAAGCAGUGGUUAUUGCCAUAGUUGUGUCAGUGAACUGUGCUAAACUAGAUGAUUUAAGGGAUGAAUUGCCUGUAAUAGCUAACAUCCAUGCAAAAAUCGUUAGAGCAAAUCGAGCAGUAUAUACUACUGGUAUGUACUUGGUAGGAGUCCCAACUACGCCCGAGGAUCAAGUUUACUUGUGCAGGUAUCGAGAUUAUCAUCCAUUAGUAUCUAUACUCGAGGAUGGUGAUAUAAUACAGGUGGGAUUGGGCAACUUUCCCAUUACAGGGAUUGAACUAAAGAAGUGUGGAAUACAUUUAGUUUACGAAAGUGAUGAUGAUUAUGAAGGUAAUGAAGAAUCAUUGGAUGAAAGCCAACAAUCUGUAUCAGAAAGAUUAACAAGGUUUAUUGGAGCUUCUAAUAGAGAGAGCAAUGUCUUCAGCUCGAACUCAGCUCAAGAAGAUGGAGAAGAGGAAAGAAGGCAUAACUGUUUUAGUUUCGUUAAGGAGAUUUUCCGUGCUUUAAAGUACCUUCUCUUUAGGCGAUUUGCAUCCUUCCUUCUAGCAUGAAGACUUUGUUUUAUCAAGCGUUGCUUCUCCCAAACUGCAGAAAGCUCAAGUUUCUCCCUCUAUUUCCCUCGAGUUUGGAAUGGUUAAAGCAAACUGCUCCGCGCAGGGCGACGAAUUUUGUGGCCUAAAGCCAAAUUUUAUAAGGGGCCUUAAUUUUUAAAAUUUCAUUAUUAUUAU